AUGAACGCAAUGACUGAACUUACUUCUAUAUCUAUUCCAUCUGGGAAACAGUCUGUGAAAAAGGGUGAUGGUUUAAUUGUUGAAAGCUCUGUUAAUAUAUCAAAAGAUAUAGCAAUAAGGGGAUUUUUAGGGAAUAAAAAUCUAUCUAAAAUCAAUGAAUGUGAUGAAACGAAUGAAAUCAAUCCAGAAAAUGUGUGUGAGGAAAAGCCAACCAAUGCCGAAUUAUUAGGAGUACCAAAACAAAUUGCAGAGAGCUCUGCUGUAGAUAAGUCAGAAAAUGCAGCAACGCUGGAGCCCAACCGAAACAACGACCUUUGUAAAAUAAAUGAAAUAAAAGGAAAUGAUGAACAACAUUCAUCUACAGUUACUGAAUUUCAGUUAUGCGACAAACUCCAAAAAGAAAUUAAAGAUCAUACUGUUCCAGCAGAAAUUAUUGAAGGUAUACAUGUCGUUGAACAAAAAACACUCAAUGACAAGAAUAUCGAAGGUGAAAUUGAUGUUGAGGCAUCUCAUGUACCGGAAACAUACGAGUCAAUAUCUGAUGCCUGUUUGAGGAAGUAUAACAGUCUCAAGAAAAAACUAUCCUCAUUUGCGAAUGUUACUUCUAUUCAACCUUUCAUCAAUAUUCGCAAUGCUGACACCAUGUUUGCAAGGGUAGUUUGGUUUUUAAUAGCAUUGGGAGUUUGGAGUGUUGUGCUCAAAGGUGUUACGGAAGUUACCUCAAAAUAUCUCAGUUUUCCAACUGAAGACUCUCUGUACAAUCGUGAGGAACUGGUUACAUUUCCUUCAGUCACGCUGUGUCCCGUAUUGCCCGUUAUUUUUGAUAAGACCUGGUACCUUGGUUAUAACGAUAUGGUAUUUCAGUUGCAUAGUCAGGAUAUAGAAACCUUCUACUCAAACAAUAGAAGUGUACACGAAAACUUGAUAGCACCUAUAAUGAACAGAUUAGUAAGGAAAGAGGGGUAUUUAGACCUUGUAGGGGACACAGUUCGCCUUAGAACAUACAGUGAUUUAAUCAUUGAAUGCCGUUUCAAUGGAGAGUUAUGCAACGAGACUGAUUUCAUCAACGUAACUGUUGGAAGCUAUGGUAACUGCUAUACAUUCGAUACUUAUUCAACUGACAUAUUUGAUGUAAGUGAAACAGGACCAGACUUUGGAUUACGUCUCGUCUUAUUCCUUAAUUCUUACUCACCAUUGAAUGAGCUAACAAGCAGAGAUAACUUUAAAUCCGAACUCCGUGAAUUUGAUAGCAAUUAUGCCACAUUAAGUGACGGUAUAAGGAUGGCAAUCCAUGCUCCAGGUACGAUGCCAGAUAUGGAUAUUGAAGGUAUAGACCUUUCACCAGGAAAAUUCAUCACAAUUGGUCUCGCACAAGAUGUUCGUACUUUGCUUGAGCCACCAUAUGGAGAGUGUACCAAUGAACAGAACAACAAGGACACACCAUACGCGUAUACAGUGGACUUGUGCCUCAGACAGUGCCAGCAAGAACUCAUGAUAGCAAAAUGUGGAUGUAUGACCUUCAAUGGACCUGUGCCACCGAAUACGAAUGUAUCACAAACCCCCUACUGUGGUCAAAAAGUGAAAAGCAUUUAUAUGAAGAUGAUAGACGUAUGGUUAACUGAGUAUUCACACGUUGUUUAUGACUUUGAAUGGGAUAAAGUGAUCAAGUGGAAUGAUUUCAAAGAUAUUCUAGAAAUAAUCAACUGUGAGAAAAAUGUGACAAAAAUGGUUUCUGUCGGUAACCAAACAUGUGGUUGUAAGAAGCAAUGCGUUGACAUCGUCUACGAUCCUCUAGUACAUUCCGUACCAUGGCCAAACGAAAAAUACUAUAAAGGAAUCAAUCGUAGAAACUUCAUCAGAUUCCUGAGACAGCAACCAAAAAUUGCCCGUAUCUUAAAUGAAAACUUAUUCCAUAAUGACAUUGACAAUGUUGAUUCGCAAAAGACGUUUUGUGAGAUCGUAGAUCCCUCAAAUUAUGACACAACUUCAAAGUUUCGAGAGCCCCCGUUAUUCUAUACUGAUACAUGGCCAUAUUUGGAUUGCAAAUUCGAACUACGGGACCCAAGUAAACUCGACGAUUAUGAUUAUUGGUAUUGGUAUAAUUAUGAGUAUGGCGGAGACCCAAUCAUCAACAAAUACAAUGUGGUCAACAAGAUCAUCGAGAAGAACUUUUUAAAAGUCAACAUUUACUAUCGCUCCUUAACUGUGAACACAAUUGCCGAAGAACAAAGUUACCCACUCAACAAGUAUUUGUCUGAGUUAGGGGGAAUCAUCGGGAUGUAUGCUGGCAUGUCAGCAGUGUCUAUUGUGGAGCUAGCAAGCCUCUUGGUAUCUCUUUUAUUGGUUCUCUGUAGAUAUAGAAGACAAUUCUAA